CACUUUGUUUCAAAGUCCUUUCAUCGACCACCUUCUAUUUCGUAAAAAAUACGUUAAAGCAGCGCCAUUUCGAAAAAUCAGGGUCAAGGCAGUAGGUGAAUUCCAAAACAAAUGUGCACAUCUGCAAAAUGAAUAGAUCUAUGCAAGAGUGUCUCUUCUUCGUUUGCGUGUGAAUCCCCCACUUGCUUCUACUCAAAUGUGUGUGUAUUUCCUGUUCCUUCUCUGUGCGUGGUCUGGGGCUAACAUUAAAAUGAUGUUGCGGCUACUUCUUUUGACUUUGCUUCUUACAGUCAAAGCUGCUAUGUCAGAUAUCAAUGGUUCAGGAUAUGGGGAGUUCUCUGAUGAUGAAAUUGAAGAAGAAGUCAUCUUAGAAACAACCCGUCCACCAAUUGGUGCAGAAAAAGUGAUGAAUCAAUUUGAAAAUCCUGAUGAUGGAAACAUGACAAUCAUUAUCAUAGCAGCAGUGAUCGUGGGCGCUCUGACCAUUCUCUCUAUAAUAGCUGUAGUUCUCUUCAAACGUCAUUUGCAGAGACGGGAACAAGGAGUGUACAGCGUACCAGUGGAGCAGGGUGAGAAAGGAGUCUAAAUGUGCAGCUCGCCACUUCUGCUUCUAGUAUCUCAUCAGGGACGCCUCGACACAAAAACAGCUCCAUUAAAAAACACACUGUCAUCUCUGGCCAUCUCUUCUGUCCCACUUGCCCACUAAUGCCUCCUGCAAAACCCGUUCAUUACUCAGCCUGCCAUUAUCUCAAAGCAGACUUAUUUUUUUUUUAUUUUUUCCUCUUCUUCUCACUGUCAUCACCCUUUUUACUUGUUUUCAGAUGAAUCAAUUUAAAAUUAAUGCAUUCAUUUGUUGCAAUGCCAUGGACCAAAGAAAGUUCUGCACAACUGAUUCCAUUUGUUUCUAACCAAGAAAAGGUGUUUUAUUUUUAUUCUAUUUUUUUCUUUUUAGUAUAUUACUGUUUUAUACGUGCUAUGUGCUGCAGUGUAGCCCUCAUGAUUCUUUAUCAGGUCCAAAUCAGAUGCACUUUAGACACCUGUGGCUAGUCAGAGCAAUCAGAUAAACUUCCUGCAAAACCUUUUCCAUUUAUACCAAGCCAGUUUUCUGCAUAUUUUCCAACUGCCCUCAUCUAGAAUCUCGAAAGCAUUCAAGGGUGUAGAAUUUUUUUUUUUAUAAAAACAUCACACACAGUAACCGUAGAUCAGUGCUGGCUUUUGCAAGAAAUUUAACCAAAUGGUGACUGAGAAAUCAUGGAUGGACCUGUAGCACUUUUAUUUGUAUUUUUUUUCUCUGCCUUCAGUGAAGUGCUAAUCCACUGAACUUCUCUUUAGCACAAAUAUGACCCCUGAAAUCUCACGAUCUGAAAGGGGUCAAGUGGGCACUGGUUUUUCACCUGGGUCACUAUUGUGGCAAGAAAUAUCUUGCAGGAUUAACAUUUUGUUUUCCACAUACAGUGUGUGUUAAAACAACUAAGCCAAAUCAUCUGUGCGUAGGUGAAAAGAAAGUGUGAAUCACACCUGCACAGGUGUCGAGCAUUCAUACUUGAUUUUCUCGCUUCAGGUCUUUCUUUCGAAUAAAGUGCUUUAAUUGCAUAGGCCUCUAGGGGUUUGAGGUUGAUAGUUAAGCGUGUGUGUGUGUGUGUGUGUGUGUGUGUGUGUGUGUGUUGAACAGUACUCAUUAAUCAGCGUAGCUUACAGUAUAACAAUCCCGUAAAGCCGCUCAGUCCUUGCAAUGAUGCAAUUUUAAAUAAAAAUAAAAAAAAUCAUUUCAAACAAAUGUAGCAAUCAUUAUUUUAAUUGGAUUCUUCUUUUUUAGCACAAAGCCACUCCUAAAAUCCAUUUUUUUCGUUUAACAUUUUUCUGUUUGCUUUUCACAGAGUAUUGAUUUAACCCAAGAUGACAGAUUUCUUUAAAGUGCCUGCAGUUUGUCCUGUCUAAAACUGUUCUGUUUUUGUUUUUUAAAGGAGAAGAACAAGGGAAAAGAAAACAUUAACCAUUUUAUAACAUUAGUUACUGGCUUCUAAUGAGGUGAUUUAUUACAGCCCUUAUGUAUACAAUAAAAAAAGGGUUGAGAGGAAUAUAUUUUUUAUAAAGCAAAACAUGAUGUGUUUUUAAAACCUCACGAUGUCAUCUGCCUUCAGGCACAUCUCGCUGACAUUUAUAAGGAUUUUGAGAAGUAGCGCAUUUGUUCAUUUGUCAGUUAUCAGGCUCUACUUUUCUUUCACACCUUAUUAACACUCAUGAUUUGAAUGCUCUGGUUUUAAAGUGUGGUGUCGAGAAACUGUGCUCCAACUGCUUUGUUAAUAUAUUUUAUUUAGUCAUGUCUUUAGAUUUUUUUUUUAUAAGAAAAUGUUUAUACUACGUUGUCUGUAAACAAAUUCGCUUUCUAAUUACGUAAACUCAUGUUUCAGUGUAGAGUUGAACCAAUGUCUAAAGUUCCAAUAUGUCCUUUAGAAAAGCACGAACUCAAAUUGUCCCAGUAAUCAGAGUUUGUUGUUUUGUACUGUUGUUUGUUUGUUUGUUUGUCCCCUGCCCCCCCCCAUCUGCAAUAAUUUUUUAGAAGAUAAUUCUCACACAAGGACAUCUACAAUGCUUCAAUGGCCUUAAACACUUCUACUGAAUAUAAAUGUUUAUGAGAUUUGUAAUUCCUAUUUUCAUGUACAAUCAAGAUAUCAAAAUAAAUAUAUAUUUUUCUUUCUCUUUAA